CGAAUACUUCUCCUAUUCUCUCAAUGAGAAAGAAGAUUUACAUCGCCAUGAGAUUCAUUCUGUCAUAACUGGCAUCAUAAAUGAGAUGCAUGAGAUUCAGCAAAAGAUGAACCACGAUUAUGCGAGUUCAGUCUCAUCCGUUGGAAGGAAUCUCAGUGAAAUGGGAAAGAAACUCAACAUAGUUUCAUCACUAGAUUCACGCCCUCAGACUGUUUCCUUAGUUGAUGAUAGAAUUUUUGAUAGGAGGGAAGAGGCAAAUGAUAUAAUAGACAUAUUAUUAUCUGAUAAAUACAAUGGGGAAAAAGUUCCUGUUGUUUCAAUAGUUGGUACUGGGGGGAUUGGCAAGACCACUUUGGCUCAACUCAUUUACAAUGAUGCAAACGUAGUUAAGCAUUUUGAUGUGAGAGCGUGGGUAUGUGUUUCCCAAGAUUCUGAUGUUACAAAAAUAACUAGAUCAAUUCUUCAGUCAAUCACUCAUAUACACCAGCCAAUUGAACAACUGGAACCACUUCAACAAGAACUCAAGAAUUGGUUACAGGGAAAGAAAUUUCUACUUGUUCUUGAUGAUAUAUGGAGCGAUGACCGCAGAACGUGGGAUGCGGUAAGGGUCCCAAUUAAUGUUGCAGCAGAAAAAGGAAGCAGAAUAAUAGUGACCACUCGGAUUAAUAGAGUUUCCUCCAUUAUGAACUCCAUAAAAAAAAUUGAUUUGGAAACCUUGCCAUAUGAACAUUGCUGGGAAUUAUUCAAAAGGAAGGCUUUUACUGAUGACAAAAUCUGUGAUAAACAUCCAAACUUGAAAGAAAUUGGAGAGGAAAUUGUUAAAAAAUGCAGAGGAAUGCCUCUAGUAGUGAAAUCACUAGGAGGACUUCUAUACGAUGAUCUGGAUGUGAAAAGGUGGAAAUCCGUCUUAGAAAGUAAGAUGUGGGAGGUUGAAGCAGAGGAGACAACAAUGUCAGCUCUACGUUUGAGUUAUUAUUACUUGCCAGCACAUUUAAAAUUAUGCUUUGCAUAUUGCUCUUUGUUUCCUAAAGACCAUGAAUUUGAUAAGGAAACUCUAGUCCAGCUUUGGAUAGCAGAAGGUUUUGUUUCAUCUAAAAGAAUUGACAUUGUGGAAGAAGACCUUGGAGGCGAAUACUUUGAUGAAUUGUUCAAUCGGUCCUUUUUUCAAAAGCAUUCUAAAUUUCGAAAAUCAUUUAUGAUACAUGAUCUGAUGCAUGACUUAGCAGAGUCGGUUUCGGCAGGCAUGUAUUUUAGGAUGGAGGAGGGCAAAUCACAUGACAACAACAGUGGCAAUCUUAAAAUGGUUCAUUACGUAUCAAUGUUUCACUUCCAACCAGAUCAGUACUCAAUGGAGAAGGAAUUAUGUAAAUUCAAGGAAUUGUCAACUUUGUCGUUGAUUUUGCCGUUAACAAGGGAUUGGCAUAUCCUAGGUGACUUAUUUGAACAAUACCGAUGCCUACGUGUACUGGAUUUGAGUGAAAAUUAUAGAUUGUUCAAUUUGCCAAAUUCAAUUGGCAACUUGAAACAUCUACGGUUGCUUAACCUCAACAGGACACGCAUUACAGUGUUACCCGAGUCAAUGUGCAACCUCUACAAUUUGCAAGUUUUGAUGCUUAAAAAUUGUUAUAGUCUCAUUGGAAUUCCUAAAAACAUGGGAAACCUAAUCAACCUCCAAUACAUAGUGAUGGGAGAUGACAAAUGGGAUGUUUUCAAUCGAAUAAGAAGAGGAAUUGGGAGAUUACAUUUUUCGAAGACAUUGCCUACGUUUCAAGUGAUGAAAAGGAGAAAUGGAAACAAUAGUACAAUAGGAGAGCUAAAAGAAUUACGUCAUCUCCAAGGAUGUAUUCGUAUUGGGGGGCUAGAGAAGGUGGCUGACUUUGAGGAGGCCAAGGAGGCUAACCUCUUCGAUAAGCAUCGGAUUGAUAGGUUGGAGUUGGAAUGGAACGAUAAUAAUGAAAGAGGUAGCAUGGAGGGUGUACUAGAGGGCUUACAACCAUACACAGGAUUAAAGCAACUCCAAAUAACUAAUUAUGGUGGCAUAAGUUCUCCAAAAUGGAUGAUGAUGAUGAUCGCGUGCUAUGAUAUGCUGACGACAAUAAAACUAAGGAAUUGCAACAAGUGCAAAUUGCUCCCCCCUUUUGGAAAUCUACCCUCGCUCGAAGUAUUGCAUAUAUCUGAAAUGAAGGAAGUGGAACAUAUAGGAAUAGAAUUUUAUGGAUAUGGUGAUGACAACAAUAAGAAGCAGGGAUUUCAAAAGCUGCACUCUUUCUCUCUCAUGUAUGAGUGGUUUGAAGGAAUGGUGGGGAGCAGAAGGUGAAUUUCCUUGCCUUAAAUACCUUUGCAUCUAUGAUUGUCCCAAAUUGAUCAAAUUGCCCCCUUUCUUUCCUACCGUGAAAUGUAAAAUGGUGAAUUUGGAAAUCACCAAUUGUCCUAUGCUUCAAUUAUUGCCGGAGUUACAAAGUCUUGCAUCUCUUAAGUAUUUGGAAAUCAACGAUUGUCCUAAACUUCAAUCAUUGCCAGAAUUACAAAGUCUUGCAUCUCUUGUGUAUUUAAUAAUCAUCAAUUGUCCUAUGCUUCAAUCAUCGCCAGAGUGAUAAAGUCUUGCAUCUCUUGGGAAAUUGAUGAUAAAAAAUUGUAAUUAUUUAUAAUUGCCCUUAUCCUUAUCCUUAUGAAGAUGGACAGUCGGUUGCAAGUGGUAGAGGAAGAUUGGCCCCCAAGAUUUCGAAAUUUUGUACUCCCGCUUCAAAGCUAUUCGGACUUGGGAGAGAGAAAAUAGCACAUCUUAGUUCUCAUCUCAAUUCGUUAUGUAUCGAGCGCCGUACGUAAACCUGAACCCGGCAGAAUAGGGCCCAACUUCAGUUGCAUUGAAUUUGCUGGCUGUUGAUAUGAACACACGUAUGGAGCUAGCAUUCAACCUCAUCAAUCAUGUGACCCUGUCAAACCCAGUAAACACCCAUCACAGAAAAGCUUGUUGCUUGUCUUCCCCAGCUCAUGUUUCUGGUGUUUCCCUACUCAUUUUCACUACGCAUAUAUGCUCAGAUUGGGAAAGCCAGGAGUGAAAAUGUGCAAUUCCUAUUAAUUAGAGAUGAAGAUGGGGAUUUUCACCUGCCAAGGAAUAUGUGUUUAUGACUGGGGAUUUUCGUCCCGAAUCCAAGGCAUUUGAGAUCUUGUUUGUGGGAUGCAUGCCCAUGUUCAUGAUUUGGGCCAUUACUAGUUCAAUAUAUGUUCUUUUCCAUCUGCGAAGGAAUAUGUGUAAUGCCUAUUGUACAGUAUUCGGUUCUAGGGCUAAAGUACAACAAAUCAGAUGGUGAUUGUUGUGAUUGUGUUUUGAAUUCCAGUUGCAGCCUGCGCCAUGAUCCAAUCCUACUUUUGUGGUGAAAAUCCAGCAAAGAAAAAUUCAUUGAGGUCUGCGGUGGAUGCAGAGGGCUUGGGUUUCAUAUAUAUUAUAUUUGUUUCUAGGGUUUGAAGCAAGAGAAUGUUAUACAAAACAGUUUGAGAGAGAAGGUUUUGGGUGUAUAGGGCGCAAGGGUUUGAAAGAAUCUGCUCAUACUUGUACCCCAUUGCUGAUUAUAAUGGAUUCUUGCUCUUCCUAUCUGGAUGUAGGCUUAAAUCCGAACCACGUUAAAUCUCUCUGUGUUUUCUUGA